UACGUCAACAUGCGGAAGCAGCGCUAUCCAGCCACCUACGACUUGCCAGACAUCAAGGGUGCAGCUGCUUUUUCCAAGGAGAAGGCGGAGGAAAGCUGGCAGUGGUACCCUGUCGGGAAGGUUGAAGACUUCCCGAGGGCCGGAGGUCUUGCAAUGAAACACGGUGACGCUGAGGUGGCGGUCUUCAAUUUGUCGCACCGUCAGGAUGAGUCGGAGAAGUGGUUCGCCACCCAGAACCUGUGCCCUUGCAAGCAAGUGCGAGUGAUCUCUCGCGGCUUGGUGGGUGAGCCAGCCAGUGGCGCAAUCACAGUGGCUGAUCCAGUGUACAAGACAGUCUAUGACUUGAGAACGGGAUGCGGCAUCACCAGUCCAGACCUGAACCUCUCCACUUUCCACACCCGUGUGACAGAUGGCAAAGUGGAAGUGAAGCUGCCAGCACCCGAGGAGUAUGCUAAGGCCCUCCAGACUGCAUCUCGCAAGGCGGUCGAGGAGGCCGGCGUGAAGGCUGCUAAGGUCAUGGGCAAGUCCAAGCCUUUCGAUGCCAACGGCAAGCAUGUCGCCCUUGACUGGUGA